UCUACUGGUCUAUGGCUGUCCUCCCGCAGACACACUGAGGAUCUGUAAUCCACGCGUGGAAAAUUACUUAUCUCAGACCGCGUGGAUGAACGGUUCUUUUGAUUUUAUGCACAUAUUCAUUUAGACGUUGCAUUUCCUCUCUAAUGCUGGGAAAGAUCUCCACCUUGAACCGACCUUACACGAGCUAACGCUGGCGAGAAGCUGUCUGACAGCUCUCAAGUGCAUCUUCUUUCUUCAUUUUCUCUGUGUGGGACUUUAAAGUUAAAAAUUAUUUUGGUGGUCCGUCUGCAAUUCUUCGAUUAAAGAAUUAUUCAACAUAAUACCAAUUAUUGCGAACCCAAUACGAACGAGUCUCGAACAGCUCGCCCUUUGCAAACUGAAUCUGAAUCAGUAAAACACAGUGUAGUGUUGUUAGAUAUAAUUCUAAAUAUAAGAGAUUCUUCUUUUUGUUCGUGAUUUCAGACGUCAAUGCACACAUUGUAUGAGUGUGAAACUUUCCCACACGGAAGUGACUUACUCGUAGUAGGCCAGUCAUCUGUGUGUGUGUUUUAUAGGUGAAUUUGCAUAAGUUAUAAAUUGCAUUAGUAAAUUGUAAAAUGAUCCCCGAUAAAGCGCCAGGCGAGGAUGUGUUUCACGCACCCGAGGACUUGAAGAAAGAAGCGCACAUCCCGAGCUUUGAGAAAUACAAAGAGCUCUACAUCAAGUCUGUUGAGUCUCCAGAGGAGUUCUGGGGAGAUGUUGCCAAAGAUUUUUUCUGGAAGACAAAAUACACCGGGAAGUUCCUGGACUACAAUUUUGACGUGACCAAGGGUGAGAUUUUCGUGAAGUGCAUGGAAGGUGCCACAACCAACAUCUGCUACAAUGUGUUGGACCGCAACGUCCAUGAGAGGAAACUGGGGGACAAAGUGGUUUUUUACUGGGAGGGGAAUGAGCCUGGAGAUGAGAAGACGGUGACCUACAGAGAACUGCUCCAGCAAGUCUGCAAGUUUGCCAAUGUCCUCAAGUCACAAGGCGUGAAGAAAGGUGAUCGUGUAUCUAUUUAUAUGCCCAUGGUGGUGGAGCUGGUGGUGGCCAUGUUGGCCUGUGCUCGGAUCGGCGCAGUUCACUCUAUUGUGUUUGCCGGUUUCUCUGCUGAGUCGCUGUGUGAAAGAAUCAUGGACUCGCAGUGCUGUCUACUUAUUACAGCCGACGGCUUUUACCGUGGGGAAAAGCUGAUCAGUCUGAAGCUUAUAGCUGACGAGGCGCUACAGAACUGCAGGGACAAGUCUUUCUCAGUGGAGAAAUGUAUAGUGCUUAAACACCUCACAAAGGAGGAAGAGGCCACAAUGCCCGGGUCCCUGUCACCUCCAGCCAAGCGUGCCUGUCCCGACCUGCAGCAGGAGAAACAGAAAGAAAGAAUAAAGAAGGUCCGUCCGUCCCCACAGGUGCCGUGGAAUCCUGAGGUAGAUUUGUGUUGGCACUCUCUGAUUGGUGGAGCUUCAGAAGAGUGUGAGCCUGUCUGGUGUGAAUCAGAAGACCCACUCUUCAUCCUUUACACCAGUGGUUCUACUGGAAAACCGAAGGGUGUACUGCACACCAUAAGUGGCUACAUGCUAUACACUGCUGCCACUUUCAAGCUGGUGUUUGAUUAUCACCCUGAUGAUGUUUACUGGUGCACUGCAGACAUUGGUUGGAUCACAGGUCACUCUUACAUAACAUAUGGGCCCCUGGCCAAUGGGGCAACCAGUGUGCUGUUUGAGGGUUUACCCACAUACCCAGAUGUGAGCCGAAUGUGGGAGAUUGUUGAUAAAUAUCAUGUCUCCAAGUUCUACACAGCACCAACUGCCAUCCGGCUGCUUAUGAAGUAUGGCAGUGAGCCUGUUCUGAAGUGUAAGCGUGAUUCUCUAAAAAUUUUAGGGACAGUAGGGGAGCCCAUAAACCCAGAAGCCUGGCAGUGGUACUACAGUGUGGUGGGAGAGAAGAGAUGCCCAGUGGUUGACACAUUCUGGCAGACUGAGACUGGUGGGCAUGUAAUAACUCCUCUGCCAGCUGCCACUCCCAUGAAGCCAGGCUCUGCUACAUUUCCUUUUUUUGGGGUUGUACCUGCCAUUCUGAAUGAGUCAGGAGAGGAACUUGAAGGACCAAGUGAGGGCUAUCUGGUUUUUAAACAGCCUUGGCCAGGUGUGAUGAGAACUGUAUAUGGGAACCACCUGAGGUUUGAGACCACCUACUUCAAAAAAUUCCCUGGAUAUUAUAUCACUGGAGAUGGUUGCCGUAGAGAUAAGGAUGGGUACUACUGGAUCACUGGAAGGAUAGAUGACAUGCUGAAUGUGUCUGGGCACCUAUUGAGCACAGCAGAGGUGGAGUCGGCUCUAGUGGAGCAUGAAGCCGUAGCAGAAGCAGCAGUUGUGGGGAGGCCACACCCUGUUAAAGGGGAGAGUCUCUAUUGCUUUGUCACUCUCAAUGACGGAAUCAGCUACAACCAAAAGCUGGAGGCGGAGCUUAAAAAGCAAGUAAGAGAGAAAAUUGGUGCUAUAGCUACACCUGACUACAUACAGAAUGCUCCUAGCCUUCCGAAAACCAGAUCAGGGAAAAUCAUGCGUCGUGUCCUGAGGAAGAUAGCAUGUAAUGAGCGGGAUUUGGGUGACGUGUCAACACUAGCAGACAGCUCUGUCAUUGAUCAACUAUUUGAAAACCGCUGCGGUUAUUAAAUGCUAGUGUCUGGCCCAAUAUGAACAUCAGUUCUGGUAGGAACAGGAAGAAUCUGAGAUGGAAUGAAGUGUAGAAUAAAGCUAGUGGGCAGACAGAAAGAAAAAUGCUUAUUCAGGUGUGUAAAUCCUACUGCAAUGCGCCAACGUUUUGAUAUUUCUUGGAAAAUACUACAUGGGGUAAUAAAAUAGCGACAUGGGGUUUUAUAUUAGAAAUGGUUUUAGCCCAAAAGUUUAUUUUUGUUAUUUCUCUUUGUAUAUUUUUAGUUUUUGUUUGUGUGUUUGUUUGGCUGACCACAAUUACUGCAGUAGGUGUGGCUUCAAAUUCAUUAUAAUAUAUUAAACCACAGAAUCAAGUUGUUAUUUGUUGACUACCCUCCUCCAGUGGUUUCUUAUAGUUCACUGGCAGGUUAUUCUUGAUUCCAUUGUGUGUGCAUAAUGCUUGGUCUCAAUACAUUCUCUCUUUUCUAUUUCAUUCAGUUUAUUCAUAGAAACAUAUAUGACAACACUGUCCUAUAAAUGUGCCAACAAAAACCUUAAAGUAGGUUAGCAACUGCUUCAUUACCACUAAAAAAUAAUAUUUGAUACUAUCAAUACUAUGUAAUUAUGCUGUGAAUUUUUCUGCUUGGGUCAGGGUGUUUUUGAUGUUGUUGGUUUUUUUUUUUUUAUAAAUACAAAAUUACAAAUUGUAUAGACUAUUGGUUCUAUACAAGCCAAAGCAUGCAGUAAGACUUGGCAGAAUAACGACAGGUAAAAGGCAGAUGUUUGCAUAUGUUAAUGUGAAUGAGCUAUGUAUAUUUUAUAACUGGAACAAUUUGCAGCUUUUGCAAACACUUCUGUUAACAUCUGAUAUUAAAUUCCUCCAGGAGAGUUAUUAAAGUGCUGUAAUUGACUUUGAAUUCGUAAAUACUGUGUAUGCGUUCAAAAACAUGUACCCAAGAUAAUGGUAGAAUCGCAUCCCUGUAUGGGUAAAUGUAUGGUGAUAAAAUUCCAGUGUUUCAAAGUGUAUGGUGCUUGAAUGCACCAGUGCCACAUCCAUGGGUUGUUUUUGCCACUAUUGUCAAAUUAGUUUGAUGCUGUUAUUUCUGCAUAUAUUCCCUCCAGUUUAGCAUUAAUUAUUUGUUUUGUUGUACAGUAUAUUUGGGCCUUUUAUUGAUCAUGUGGAUAUCAGGGGUUCUCUCAAACCUAAAACACCCACUGUUCUUUCCAAUGUUUUUUCUUAACCAUUAAUUAUUCCCUUUUUCAUACAUUUUCUUGUAGUCAAUUCAUUUGAACAACGUCUCGUACAGAACUGGGUGAAUUAAAGUGGAAAAUUUUUCAAUUGGAUUUCUCUGUGUGUCCUGCACUUUUUAACUAUGCAUGAAUUGUUUAUUCUAAUACUGCAGGAGUAUUUCACUUUUAUUUUGUUUUGAGAAGCUGUGGCUAUUGUAUUCUUAGUGAUUAAUUUUGUUCCAGCAUGCCCUCCACAUAUCCUCCCUUAUGUUGAGUCAUUUUGAC